AAUUCUUUAAAGUAAAAGUCUUCCUUGGAAACCAUCCUAGAGAGAGAGGGAGGGAGGGAGGGAUUUUGUUUUAUAGCCUUUCGGUGCUUGAAUUCUACUUUCAUCCUCUUUAUCCUUUCUUUUGCACUCAUGUCUUGCAACAAUGGAAUCCAUUGUUUCUCUGCUUCAAUCUUUUGCGUAAUUGGUAUCAUGUCCUUAUCCUUGGAUGUUGGAACAAUAUGCUCUUUAGCUUAGACACAAAAGCAAAAGCUAAAGCUGCAAUUGCUGACUUCUCACUCUCUCCCUACUUCUAUUUGUUUUUCUUUCUUUCUAAAUCGCCUCCAUUUAUUGCAGUUCUUGGGCUUGUUUGUCUUUUGAAACUUUUAGUUGUCUCACAGACAGACAGACUUUGUUCUUCCAACCUCCUGUGACUAUGGCUGUAGAUGUCUGCUCAGAGAUUUCAAGCGCUGGAAUUAGUCCAAGAAUUUCAUUCUCUCAUGAUCUCAACCAAAAUACUGAUGCUGUAUCCAUUGAAGAUUGUCAUCGUAGAUUAGACUCAUCUCUAUUGGAUUCGGAUUUUGAUUUCUGCAUUAGCAGCAGCUUUGUCCAAGAAUUGUCUUCUGCAGAUGAGCUCUUCUCUAAUGGCAAGAUCCUGCCUAUUGGAAUCAAGAAACACUUAGUUUCUACUCAAGAUAUUGAUCAACCAAAGCCUGCCGCUUGUCGUUGCCCUCUGCAAACUACAACCGAGACUACACAGAAGAAGCUGCUGAAGGAGUUCUUGUCAAUGAGCAUUGAUGCAGAUGAAAAGCCUGCAUCAAAAUCCUUUUGGCAGUUCAAGAGAAGCAAUAGUUUGAAUUGUGAUAGCUCUCGAAGUAAAAGCCUGAUACGAUCUCUACAGUUUCUUUCACGAAGCAACUCAACCGGGUCAGCUCCAAAUCCACCAAAACAAGCAAUGUUCUCUAAAGAAACUCAGAAACUACGUCUGCAAAAACAGCAUUCUGUUCCGAGCAGAAAAUCGGCAGCGCCAAGUUCAGGGGCAUUUUACUAUUACAAUUCAGGCCAGAAGCCACCUCUGUUAAGGAAGUGUGGGUCUUAUGGGAAUGGAGUUAGAAUCAGUCCUGUGUUGAACGUACCAUCGCCUUACAUUUCUAGAGGAACUGCGAAUCUUUUUGGUUUUGGUUCCCUGUUCUGUAACGGUAAGGUUAAAAAGAAGAAGAGAUGAUUAUGAAGUAGAGUUCCAUUCAUGAUCAGAUCUUUUUCAAGUACAGAUGUAUUUUAGCUAUCACUUUGAUUCCAUGGAAUAGCAUGUGAUGAUAUCUAUAAAUCGAAAGAAAAAUUCUAUUGAGGAAAUGAUUGGAUCUUGAGAAACAGAAACUACUGCAAGAGUUAAAAAUGCAAAAGUGAAGUGAAAACUAAAGUGGAGACAUAUAAACAAGGUAUUCUUCUUUCAUUUGCUACCCCAUGUAUGCUUUUGCUUCUUCUUUUUAUCCUUCUCAAUUUUCUUUUCUUUUCUUUUCUUUUUGUAUAUAAAAAUAUAAAAUGUUGUUCAAUUUGACCAUAUGGGGUCCUCUGGUUUUGGUCUUUUUGUUGUAUAUCUUGAUUGGAGACAAACAGUUGCUACAAUGAAGUGGUUUCAAAAUUAUAAAAAUCCCAUCUUUAACUUUGCUCUUCUUAAAGAAAUAUAUAUAAAGUUUUAUAUGUUUCUGUUGGU